UAAAACGGAGCGACUGACCACGACGCCGUCAAGCCGUUCUUCACAAUGAUUCGUAUAAUCGCAGUUUCGGUGCUGCUCAUUGCGUCUGAAGGAAUGCAACAUCCAAGGCUCGUUUACCCACGCCUUCUCGAAGAACGUUCGGCCGAUGGAAGAAUGGUGAUGCACUUGCACGAUCAGCUGACGCUGAAUCUUAGGAAAUCGUCGGUGGCUGCUCGCAACUUCCGCGUUCUGGAACACGAAGAUGGACGUGAAGUGACACAUUUCUUCAACGGAGAAGACCUCGAAAAAGACCUCCACGAGGAUGAGAAGCAAUUCGCGAGUGUCCACGUCAGGAGAAGAGAUGGCGGCGUCGAAGUUGAAGGUGUGGCGGGGCCACGCCACAGGAUUGAGCCAAUGCCCACAAUGGAGAGAUCUGGUGAGGGCCUCAUUCCCCACUUGAUACACGAAAUUGAAAGCAAAGAAAUGCACGACAUUGAGAUGAUGCCGACUGGGAAAGGUGCUUCGACUGUGAGUGAGAGGAAUUACGGCACCACUCAACGUGUUCCGUAUUCUGUUACGAUAGAACUCUUCGUGGUUUCUGAUUUACCACAUCAUAAACACUUCAAGAGCACUACUAAACUAAUAGAAUACAUCUGCGUAACCGUGAAUUCUGUGAACUUGAGGUAUGCAGACACCAGUUCACCAAAGGUGAAGUUCCUAUUAACCGGACUCGAGAAGGACGAACGUAGCCCAUACAGAAAUGGCACCGGCAUAUAUUUGGAAAGCUCGUCUUCUCUGGAUCAGUUUCGGUUGUACGCGCACAGUAAACGACAAAAGUUCGGCAGUCCAGAUGUGACAUACCUAUUCACCGGGUACGAUGUGUUCACUGCAGCGAAUGAUGGGACAAAGAGCACGAGCGUGUUAGGUAAGUUUAUUGAGCUUUUCUGUGAGACUCACCACUGCUACAACAGCGGCAUCGGUUUCGUCGGCGGCCUGUGCACCGAAUUUUUCGUCGCCUUGGGUGAAGACACCGCUGGUCUCUACACUGGAAUGCACACGCUAACACACGAGGCCGGCCACGUGCUUGGUGCCGCUCAUGACGAAAGCAAACCAAAGCCGUGGAUACAAGGCGACCCAGGAUCACUAGAAUGCCUCUGGAAGGAAGGCUACAUCAUGAGCUACGUCGACGGUGGAGAGAAACAUCAUCAUUUUUCACCGUGUAGCUUGAGGCAAAUUCGAAACGUUAUCAAGUGAGACCUUUUUUUGUACU